AUGUUAUAAUAAUACAAUUCAUUAGUAGUAGAUGCCAGUUUCAUUAAUAAAAACUUUGUAUAAGUUAGUGUGAUAGGAAAAGGACAUGAUUUCUAUUUAGGAAUUAGUUCAAUCAGCUACUUGAUGCAUCAUAAAAAAGAAUAAGGCAGAUACAUUUUAUAAAUCUAUGAAAAUUUAGGAUAUGAUCUAUUCAGAACAAAAGUUAUGCAAUUGCAGAAAGCAAUGCUAGAAUGUGUUAAUGAUGUCAAUACAAGGAUUAUCUUAUUAGCUGAAAAAUAAUUAAAUGAUAAAUAGUCUGAUUUGUAUGUACUUUACUAAUUGAAUGAACUUACUUAAAGAUUAGAUCAAUAGAAAUAAUUAACAUCUGAAUAAGCAUAAGAACUCUUGAUCACUUUUUGUAAAAACUUACUCAUUACAGGUUCAUUUUUUAUUUAUUAAUAGGUCGUGUAACUUAUGAAUUUCUAGACCUCGCUCCUUAGAAUAUCUAUGUUAAUGGUGAUCGAUUUGUUGUAUCAAAUAUGGGAAUUUCUUAUAAAGGCUCUAAAUUUCACAGACCAUAUACUCCAAUCACAGAUAGUUUCUAUAAAGAGAAAACUCUAACAAAUAUGAUCUACACAUAUUCAUUUUAAGCUGGUUUAGUCAUUUUAUGUGCUAUUACUAAAAUAAAUUCAGCAGAAUUCUUUUUCGAAGAUGGCUAAUUGAAAAAUAACUUAUUAUAAAAAGUCUUGAAAGUAUUUAGGGAAAAAUUACCAGAUUCAAAAAAAUUGAAACUAAAGAAAAAAUUUAAUUCAUUAGCUAAAAUAGAAAAACCAUUUGAUACUGAUAUUUCAAAUAUCAUACACUUUCUAUCUUUAAUAUUAUCGAUGGAUUAGUAGAAAAGAUCCAUAUUUUCAUUAUUAAUAUGUCAUCCAGAAAAUCCACUUAAGGUAGAGAAUCCAUUUUUCUAAGAACCAAUAGAUGUUGAAUAACAUUAUAUUGGAUUUGGUAAAUUAGAUGGGGGUAGAAUUGAAUUUGAAGGGUAUGGAAUAGCAAAGUUUGGAAACGAGUAUCAUUAUGGAAUCUUUAAAAAUGGUACUUUAACAGAUGAUGGUACUGUUGAGAUUAAAUACAAUAAUAGCAUUAUUUAUUUGCUAAAAAAUUUGGUUUUUUCUUAAAAAUACUAGAAUGCAAUAGCUGAAGUUAAUAAGUAUAUCUUUUGGGGAGAAUUCGAUAAUAAAUAAUAUAAACCUAAUGGAGAAGGUAUUUUGGUUAAUGUUUAUACAACUUAAAAGCUUUUACCAAAAAAGAGAUAAUCUAUGUAUUUUGAAGGAGCCCUGAAGAUGGGAAUUAAAGAAGAUGGUCAAGAAUUUUAUAAAAAUAAAACUGAAUUUUCUGGAAAAUAUAAAGAUAAUUAACCAUAUGAUGGUAGUAUAACUUAUGGACCAAAACAUAAAUUCUAUGGAAAUAUUGAGAAUUUCUAAAGAACUAAGGGUAUUUUAAUUUAUAAGAAUAAAUAAUUUGAGGGUGAAUUUGAAAAUGAUAAAGUAAAGAUUGGAAAAUUAAGUUAUCCUGAUGGGAGUCGAUAUGAAGGUUAAUUUUAGGAUGGAUUAAGAUGUAUCAAAAAUAUAUAUAUAUAUAGGUUGUUAGGAUGGUAAAUUCAUAUUUUGGAAUUAAAAAUUAGAGUAUUGUGGAGGAUUUUUAGAUGAUAGAUUUCAUGGAAAGGGAAUAUUGACUUAAUUUUUGACAAAGGAAUAAUUGGAAGUUGAAUAUAAUUAUGGAAAAUGUUUAACAGAGCUUCCAGAAGGUUUUAAGUAGUUGAUGGAUAAGAAAUAGAUAUUUGAAUUGAAAUAAUAGGAUAAUUAGACAAAGGAAAAUAAGUAGAAAUAAAACAAUGAUGAAGAUAUAGAAGAAGAUAUAUAGGAGGAGGGUUUAGGAGAUGAAAAAUAAGAUGAUUAUUUUGAAGAUGAAGGAUGA